AUGCAUAAAGGACGGCACAAACGCCGAAGUACCUAUGAAGAUCUGAACAAUGACUCCACGAAAACGCAGCAUUCCAAGAGAACAGCUUUUUCUGAUGAUUGCAGUACUCUUUUACACGACAGUUCUCAGUUGCCAAAAUAUUUUAAUACCCCGGAAAUUGAAGCACAAGAGCAGGUUUCUGCUGAUGGGAGCGUCAGACACUCGGAGGGUGAAGGAAUAUGCCGUGCUGAUGUUGAAAAAUUGCAGAGUCCGGCUUGCCACAUAAAUGUGAGCCAAGUUAUCACUGGAUCUGCAGCAGGGCUCAUAAUUAGCCAAAAAGUGGACAUUCCAUUUUCCAAGAAUCCUCCGUUAACUGUGCGACAAGAGAUUUCUGGCCUUGACAUUGGGCAAGCAUGCCCAGUCAAUAUAAACCAAGUGGUCUCAAUUCCCAUUCAAGAGCUGAAUUUUCCUAAGCUAACGGCAGGAAAUGCAGACCACACAAACAUUCAACCUGUUAAAUCUCAUCACCACAGUGAUUCAGGUGAACAAUCGGGUGUGGAACAAAAAAAUUCAGCUCAUGAUUAUAGCUUAGUAACGCCAGAUUUGGCUAAGCAAUUAACGGAACCGUUCUUGAAGUUCCUCUCUUUAAACAAUUCUAAUCUUCUUCUAUUGAGUGUGUUCAUCGAUGGUGUCAUUCCGCCAAAGUUUGUCGAAUUUCCUUCAAUGCGGUCUUUGGUUAGCACACUUGGAGGCGAAGAACAAGAAAAAAAUCUUAUUUCAAGAGAGGACUUAGUGGAACUCCUGAGUCGUUUUGAAGAAGAGUUUAACUUGCAAUUGAAGCACACGUUACAAAGUACGCAUGAUCUCAACCUUGUUGUGGAUUCGUGGACUUCCGUAGACCAAACCAGCUACAUGGCAAUCUGGGUUUCCUUCUGCCCUAAGUUGGACUUGAAGCGCGAACUACAUGAAGAAGACGUUACCGCAUGCGAAAGACCUACUUCUCAUAUUCUAGGCUUCGUAGAACUCAGUGCCGAGAGGUGUGAUUCAGAGAACAUCAAAGCAGCUGUCCUGACGUGUCUGCAGCCUUACUCAAUAUGCUCCAAAAUACGCAGCAUAACCUUGAACAAUGGUUCAAACAAUGUCUCCAUGUUAGAAAGUUUGAAUAGAGAUCUACAACAGCGGGAAGAAAAUUCUACAGAGGGAGGCAUCGUUAACGUCAGAUGCAUGAACCUUGCUCUAAACCUCAUUUUCGAAGAGUUGCUGAGGCCCUUGGAAACACUGAAUGCUAGUCUGUUUUCGAGAAUUGAUAAGCUCACUCAUCUUUUGAAAAACAACGUUAACAUCCGACGGAAACUCCGCUCAUACAUUGCUCACGCUAUUCCUGAGCACAACGAUGCAGUGAUCUUCUCGCGCUAUUUUCAACUCGAAGCCUUUUUGAAAGUCUCAAGAGGUGUCUGGACUUUUUAUCUUGAGAAUAGUUACAAUCCCAAGUACCAGCUAUUGCCAGAAGAUUUGCCAAUAUUCCAUUACGAGAAAAGGGACAUGGAGUGGGUCUCACUAUUCGUUCAUCUGACAACCAUUUUCAAGGAACUGAAGUUGAUUUUACGCGACGACGAAACGAGCUCACUCUCUAGCGGCAUUGAGUACUACAUGCUAAUGGACUCAUAUUUCAAAUCUUGUGACAGUAUAAGAAACGGUUCCGUCGAUGGCAAUUGCUUGGAAGAUGUUGGGCUGAAUGAGUCUCACUUAUCUGCCCCCGAAGAUGUGCAGGAACAGAUUUUCUCUGCUAUUUUGAAGGCGCGCCCUAUAUUUGACGAGUUUAAAGCUAUUGCACACGAAGAACCCGGAUAUUGGACGGCGCAUAUGCUUCAACCAGGUGUCAAGACAUAUGUGCUGAACGAAAAAUUUGAUACGGCUGAUCGAAAUCGUAUACAACAAAUGGCGGAUAGGCACGUCGCUUGGUAUAUUGAAAACUUCGCAGAAGAGCGAAAAGUCUCGCCUAUUCGUGAUGGUAAAGACUCUGUUAACGUCGGAAGUCUCAUUGAUGAAAAGUAUAAAGUACUGAAAAACCUCAAAACGCUGCGUGCGAAGUUUACAGCGAAUCAAAGUGGUUCAACCAACAAUGACUGGCAGACAUAUCUGGCGGAACCUUGCGAACCUGGAAUUGGCUAUUUACAAUAUUGGCUGAGCAACCAGAAGCGGUGGCCGGAACUUUGUUCAUUGGCGCUUUCUUUCUACUACACCAGACUUUCAACUUCCGAUGUCGAGAGAUGUUUAUCAAUGAGCAAAGAAGUCUUACAAAAUAGAUUUUCACUAGUCAGUGAGAACCUCAGACGAGCUGUGAUACUCAGAAACAGGAGCAAAUGCUUCAAUCUGAAUCCGGAAAUGACUAUGGUGAGAGAUAUUCCGCUGGAAGAGUGGAUUAACGGAGACGAAGAGAUGCAGUUUCGUAGCGUUUGUGCUGCGAGAUCGAGGCGCUCGUGGGAAACUACUGAAUCACCGUUCUCGAGCGAUUCGAGUGACCUUGAUUGA